AUGAACGAUGCCACCGGAAAUGCAGUGCUAACGGUGAAGAGGACGAUGACGCUGCCUGCUCUCAACUCAAGUCUCAGCAUCGGUACCGGCCUUAUUGACGAAGGACUUGUGUUGGCUACUGGAUACACUGGACCGGAGGGAGAAAAUCGUCAAGUGGUGGGACACUUGAUAGCCGCAGAUCCGCUCAAAGCCUCAGUGCUCCCCAACAAGGAUAUCACUCCUAUGAUUAGACAAUUUGAACAGUUCCUGAUGAAGCACGAUCCUGACUUGCAUAUUUUCGCUCCAGGAAUUCUGGCUGAAAGGAAUGGACUGACGUUUCUGCUGAAGAGCACUGACUACGAGUUGUUCGAGACGACAGUAGUGGGACGGGCAACGUUUAAUGCAAAUGGAAGCCGUGUGAUAUGCAAGCUGAUACCACUCGACAACAGCUCUAUAUUCUCGUUACUUUGCAUUCGACAUCUUCGUCAAGUUUGUCAUCGCGACGACAACAUUUGGAUGACGAUCAUCAGUUCCGAUUUCGCGCAGCUGAAUUCGUGGAAAUGGAGGAUCUAUCUGAGCGCGUUGCUCUACAUCAUCAAAGUGAUCACACUGAUGCUGCGAUUCGUACUGUGGAUUCGACGAGUGGAUCAUGGUGUUUCGUUGUAUCUCUACAUGAGGCUUUUACGGUGGCUUUACGGGCCGUCUAUGAUUCCCGUGACAGCUCCUCCACCAGCGUUCAAUAUGUACGGUCUUGAUAUGAAGUCGUUGAAGUUCAGAAGAGUUCCUAUUAAACCAAAACCAUACUCUGUGGAAAGUACGUUCAUCAGUUAUCCACUGGCUAUCGACUGUGAUCGAACAGGUGGUGUCGUCACCGCUGAAGCUCGGAUCUUCGUUAAAAACUAUUUCAGGGUUAACUAUUUCCCAAGCCAAACCGCGCCUCUCAGUCUGUGCAAACUCGCUGAACAUUCUGUUUACCGGAAUUUCCCAGCCUUUGAGAAAAGUCCAUUGCUACGCCGUUCUGUAGGACAAUUGAACUGGGAUUUGAUCUGA